GAGAGUUAAACGGGCUAGCUGCAGUUGUCCUCCAGUGCUUCAAUGCCCUACUGUUCUUUUUCCCGGCUGGACUGCAUGUGAGCCCCUUACAAGGUGCAUCAGUAAGAGAGUAUGUACAGUAUGUGUGAAAGGGUGCGUGUGUGUGUCUGAUCAGUAUUGGGACCAGAGCAGUGCGGAUUUGUGUGCAGCCCAUUCUGUGGGCUGAUGCCCUCUGCUUCUCUGAACAGGACACACAGAUUUACCUGCGCAAUAGAGGGCAUCUCAGAGAACAACUGAACAACCAAAACACUAAACCAGAUGGAGUUGUAAAAACAUUGUUCCAGCAUAGCAUAUUACUUGCAGAAAUCUCUGAGUUUGAUGUUAGGAACCACUAACACAGACUGAUCUAGGGUGCAGUUGCGAAGACGCAAGUGGGAGGCUUUGCCAACCGGGCAGCAUCUUGAGGCAAAAGGACUCAUAGGAAACUGCCAAAACUGGAAGUGAACCACUGAGGAAGGCUGGUGGACGUGAGAAAAAGUGUGCAGGAUGGAUGCACAGAACAGAGGGCGUCCAAGAGGAGGAGGAACCCCCUCAGAAAUAACCUUGUCCUGUUUUCUGCUUAUACUUAUCAUUGGUGUGUGUUGUGUGCAUGCUCUGGAGAUGUCUACUGGGAAGGUUCCAUUCUUGGAAGCGGUGAACGGCAGCACGGUUCUCAUUCCCUGCACCUAUGCCAGCUGUAUUGGAAUCAAGGACCUCUACUUCAAAUGGGAGUUCAAUGAUAAUGGCACCAUGCAGAAGGUGGCUGACUCUGUGAUUCCAAUGGAUAAUGUGGAGCCAUCUAAAGUGAAUGUUUAUCGUGAGAGGGUGGAGUAUGUUGGCUCCAGCAAACGAAAUAAUAUCUCCUUUCUGCUUUGGAAUGUAACAUUCGAGGACGCAGGCGUCUACACCUGCUUUGGCAAAAACCCCAAAGAGAAGGACAAAAAUCACAGCGCCAUUUUCACGCUAUACGUCGUAGAGGAAUUAAGGGUGGUUGAUAACACACUCACCAUCAUCAUUGCCUCCUGUGUCGGCGGUUUCAUCGCUUUUUUAAUGGCCUUCAUGCUGCUAAAGAACUUCACUCUGUUCGUUCUCGCAAAGCUUGAGGAAAAAAAUAAGGAGUGCCUUGUCACCUCCUCAGGGAUUGAUAACACAGAGAAUGGUCUGUCAGGUUCCAAAACUACACCAAAGAAAGCAUGAGAGCGUGCACACAAACACAUUCACACAUGCACAUGGAAACAUGGAUCAGCCAUCAUGUUGUGCCCUAUCUGUUUAUUCACAUCUGUGUUUACAAAUGCUAUACUUACUCAUUUAUUUAUGUUUUGUGAUAAAGUGCAAUGAUAGCAUUAAACUAAAUUUAAAAAUGUGUAUUUCUAACAUUUCUGUGGAUGGUAUUCAGUUCACAUGAUUCAUUUUAAUUUGAUUCAUUUAAUUUUAUUGACUCAUAAACACAGAUAUGAAUGAAAAGAAGGGGCCUCAUGCAUUUCUUUAUAUAUUUGAAUUUAUGUAUGCAUUUAAAUAUGCACCACUCACAUGCAGCCUCAUGCAGUUUAGUUUAUCAGCCUACACCAAACCUGUGGACUGUAUUUCUUAUGAUCAAGAUAUAUUUUAUUUAUUUUCUUCCAAUAAUGCUACAGACAGGGAUAAACAAGCUGUUCUAUUCAUUUAGUUCACUGAACUGGACUGUAAAAUUGUGAAGGGCCCUUGGCCUGGUGCUGGACUGAAAUGGUUCAGAAAUGAGAGCAGGUGAGGCAACACUUUUAAGAUCAGAGCUGGUACUAGAAUCCUUUUUGGGAUUAAGUUUUGCAGCUCGAUUUAAGUAAGUCUUGUUAUGUUUUGCAUAAAUUUAGUCACUGCCAAUUGAUUUUUAUUGUGAUUUCUUCUGUUAAUACAAAUGCAGUCCUCUUUGUCAAAUGGCCAUAAACUUUUAUUUGUGUAAAGACCUUAAAACAUGGUCUCUUUUAGAAAGAUCAUUUGUGCAACAGUUGUAAGGUAAUUUGUUGAGAGGGCAUUAUGUUUAACUUUUAUGUAUUAAUGCAGUAGUUCUGGACAAAGCAAAAUAUUUAUUUAUUUAUUUAUUUAUUUAUUUAUUUUUAUUUUUUGUAUUGGGAGAAUUAGGCCUUAAUGUAAAAGUUUUGAGUCCAGUUCAACAGAAACCUCAUUACUAUAUUUGCUUGAAAAUCAAACACAUGUGCCUGUAAACGCUUCUGUCGCCACCUAUUGGUGAGAAGGACUGAACAAUGCAAAACAAGUUGCAAAAACUGAGAAAAAAAAAAAAAAAAAAAAAAAUCGCUGCAAAAUUGCAAAAGCCACCAAACCGUUAGUAAAUACAAGCUAAUGAAUGAUACUUGACAAUCCAUAGAAAUCAGUGUCCCCUUAGUGAAUAUCCUGCAUGAAGAACUGAAAAUGCUGCUUAAAACAAUUUCCAAUGCAUUAUAGCAUGUUAAAUGGCCAGAAUUCUUAGGGAUUAAAGGCUGACUAUAACCGUAGAGGCAUUAUAUAUAACGCUUUUUAUUGGAAUAUUAAAACAAAAUAGUCACAUACUGAACAUAAUUAGCAUCAGCUUUGAAAAUGAAAAUAGCUUGGUUAAUUUCCAUGCUAAGCAAAAUAUGAAUACCAAAAAGAAAAAUAGAAAUAUAAACUUAAGAUGCAAACAGACAUAUACUUUGACCUGUAAACCAUACAAAUCACUCUGUGUUAUGUUGAAAAUGAAAUAUUUAAAGGCAAUAAGCUCAUAAUCAUACAAUCAUGAUAUACAAUGAAUCAAAGUAUAACUAAUAUAUAUAUAUGUGAUAUAUAUAUAUAUAUAUAUAUAUAUAUAUAUAUAUAUAUAUAUAUGUCUGUCAUCAUGUAAAUACAGAUCUUAUAAAAAAAUGUCUCACAGGUUUUCUAAAAAGUUAAAACAUUCACUCAAAAUUGUAUGCAAUUCAGUGGAGACCGGAGAAGGGACUGACGUCAACCAAGUCGGGUGAGGUCUGUUCCUUUAAUUAAAAUGGAGAUUAAUAAAAUAAGUAAAUUGCCCAAAUAAUCUUUUAUUGAAACUACAGUACUACAGAAAGACAUGAGAAAGGAGUACUCUUUUAAAUGUCUGAUAGCAGAUUAUCCCAUCAUAUAAGAAAAUGCAUCUUUUAUUUUAAAUAUAAUAUUUGAUGACAAAAUAAAAUAUUUUAAGGAAGUUGUAGAUACAGUUUACAAAUUAAGGAUAUUCAAACAAAUCUACCCCACAAAUCUUCUGAUCUACCACAUUUUAAAAGGCCUUCCCUGAGGUAAGCCUGAUCUUACCAAAUGCCAGCAAAGAUUUGCAGGUAUCUGGAUUUUGCUUAUAGAGCUCAACGCAAAUUCUCGAGUUUUUGGCUAUAAUAUGAAUUGCUUAUAGAUUUGUUCAGUAUAUGGUGCACAAAAAUCAGUCUACGAGAAGUUUGGUAAAUCUGCAUUUGGACCUGAAAUACAAUACAAUGGAUACUGUAUCUAGCAGAUCUUUUCUCAUAACCCUCUAUAAUAUUAUCUCAUACGCAAUACUCUAAUAAUGGAGAGAAAAUAACUGUGUUUGUUACAUAUAGAAUGUUUCGUUUAUUCCAUUUUGGAACUGUAUACUUUAUUUUUUAUUGAGGUGCUCUAGUUGAGGUGAUUGCAAUUCUGUUUGCUAAAUGAUCGGUAGAAUGUAACCAUAAUGAUAAGUGGGAACUCAAGAAUUUAAUCAAGGCUAAGUUUUAGAUUUGUGAAUCUAAAUAAUCUGUGGAAGUUAAAUUUGAAUUUGAAUCAUUUGAGCAUUCUGGAUAACUUCUUACAUUUAUUGAGACUUAUAGCUUUGAUGUAAAAUUUCAUCCUCAGUUGUUGUAUUUUUUUUUAUCUUGUGUCACAUAGGCUGUGAUGUCAGUAAAGCAAUACACAUUUAGAGGGCUCUUUAGCUUCAUUUAACUGGAGAACUACAGUAUUGAGAAGUUACAUCCAUAAAUUUCAAAGCAAUCGAUAUCCUACCUCUUAUCAAACACUUUCAAUCAUUAUGAACUUCCAUUUCAUAUUUUUAAGAUUUUGGAACAGUAGAGGUUUUCUCAGGUCAUUUAGUGAAAGGGUUGGGUGUUCGGUUAAUUUCUCAAUGAUCAGCAUGAUAUUGAGCAUUAGAAAAUUAGGGCUUUUUAAUUAUAUUAUCCCUCUUACUGUUUGAAUAUUCCUUAUACUGAUGCACUAUUUAAUCAACAACAUAUCAGUUUCGGUUGGGUUAGCUUCUAUAUGUCAGGCUUGGCCAUAGUCGUGGCCUAAUUGUGAUUGUCACACAGCACUUUAGACAACAAAAUGCUCUAGAAUAUUGUUUAGAAUUAUGCAGAAUGUAAAGAAUUUUUGCCAGAAUAAACAUGAUUCCCAUCUUGA